GUGACACACGGUACUGUGAGCAGCACAGUACCCAUUUGUCCCUACCAGAGGGACAGGGAAGAAAGUCACAAGAGGUUGUGUUUGAAGACGAGGUCAUGUUGUGUCUGAAGAUUCUGGUGUUUCUUUUAUUCCUCCAUGCACAGCCUGCCAAACCCUCUCCCAUACCUUCUGAAUCCUCAGAAGACCAAAGUACACAAAUUGCUCAGAAUUACCUAGAAAAGUUCUACCACUUGCAAGUGAAGAAUUAUCGAUCUUCAAUUCAGAAUAGCACUGAUAUGUUUGUUGAAAAACUUAAAGAAAUGCAGCAUUUUUUUGGAUUGAAUGUGACGGGGAAGCCAAAUGCAGAAACUCUGGAGAUGAUGAAAAGGCCUCGCUGCGGAGUGCCUGAUUCUGGCGAGUAUAUGAUGACCCCAGGAAACCCCAAGUGGAAACACACAAGCCUCACCUACAGGAUCGUAAAUUAUACACCACAGUUGUUUCAGGCUGACGUGGAAACAGCUAUUGAAAAAGCUUUUCAGGUGUGGAGUGGUGCAUCACCUCUGACCUUCACCAGGACCACAGAGAAAGAAGCAGACAUCAACAUUGGUUUCUUCCAUAGAGACCAUGGUGACAAUUCUCCAUUUGAUGGGCCCAACGGAAUUCUUGCUCAUGCCUUUCAGCCAGGUCAAGGUAUUGGAGGAGAUGCUCAUUUUGAUGCAGAAGAAAUAUGGACUGUAAGCUCAAAAGGUUACAAUCUGUUUCUUGUUGCUGCUCAUGAAUUUGGCCAUUCUCUGGGGCUCUCUCACUCCACAGACCCUGGUGCCUUGAUGUAUCCCAACUACGCUUUCAGCGAUCCCAAUACCUACUCACUCCCUCAAGAUGACAUCAAUGGCAUUCAGGCCAUCUAUGGACCUUCAAACAACCCUAUCCAGCCUACUGGACCAAGCACUCCUACAGCCUGUGACCCCAGACUGACAUUUGAUGCUGUUACCACACUCCGGGGAGAAAUAUUUUUCUUCAAAGACAAGUUCUUCUGGAGACGGCAUCCUCAGCAGCAAGUGCUUGACCUCAAUUUUAUUUCUCUGUUCUGGCCAUCCUUACCCAACGGCAUACAAGCAGCUUAUGAGGAUUCAGAUAAAGACCUAGUUUUCAUAUUUAAAGGAAACCAUUACUGGGUUAUGAAUGGCUAUGACAUUCAGCAAGGUUACCCCAGGGAUAUAUCAAACUUUGGAUUCCCAAGCACCGUCCGAGCUAUUGAUGCAGCUGUUUUCUAUAGAGGAAAAACAUAUUUCUUUGUAAACAAUCUGUUCUGGAGGUAUGAUAAUCGAAGACAAUCCAUGGACCAAGGCUUUCCCAAAUGCACAUCAAUUGCUUUUCCAGGAAUAAGAAGUAGAAUUGAUGCAGUUUUCCAGGAGAAUAACGUCUUCCUUUUCUUCAGCGGACCAAAUUAUUAUGCCUUUGAUUUUACUGCUCAAAGAGUUAUUAGACAUGGAAGAAGUAAUUUAUGGCUUAAUUGUAGAUAAAGUUGAAGCAAAAUCGAAAGUAAUUGUACCCACUUUCGAAUAUAGAAGGAAAACCUCACUUGCAUAUCCAUCACUUUAAGUCGUGUUUAUACUACCCUCAAUUCUUGGUAAUUUUUUUUUCUUUUCCCAACACUGAGUCUGUCCUCACUGAAAAUGUGCCCGUGGCAGAAGCUGAUUCAGUUCUACACAUUCUACCUUAGAUUAGCAAAUCGAUCAUAAAAAGAAGAAAAGUAAGCCCUCUUUGUGACCUCUGUGUUUACUAUCUCAUCUGUCUGCUAAAAUUCUCUGUUACAUCGCUUGCUUAUCUGACUUUAAAUAUUUCUGAGUCUCUUUACAUAUGACUUAUAUACAUUUGCUACAUAUGAUUGAGACUAGAUUUUGAUUAGAGGUAAGAAUUGUUAAAAAUACAGACAAGUACUCUUUGAUUUUACAAAACUUAUGGUGCUAUUUUUCACUCUUGAAAAGAAAUAAAGAUAUACAUAUUAUAAAUUGAAUUGUGUCUCUCCCAAAGAAAGAUAUGUUGAAGUCUUAACCCCAUAUAUCAAUGAAUAUGAGUUUAUUUGAAACCGGGAUCUUUGCAUAUGUAAACAAUUAUGUAAAAAUAGCAUUAUACUGGAUUACGGUGAACCCUCAAUCUGUAUAACUUGUGUCCUUAUAAAAGUAAGAGCGGGCUGAGAGUAGCACUUGCCUAGCGUGCAUGAGAUUCUGGGUCCAAUUCCCAGCAGGAGGGGAGAGGAGAGGGAGGAAGGCUGAAGAAGGGGGAGAGGGAGAGGGAGAGGGACAGGAGAGAGAAGGCAAAGUAGAUGGCGUGAUGGACCUACAAGACACAGUACAACCAGGAUUUCCAGCAACCAGCAGAAGCUGGGAAGAGGCAAGAAACAAUUUUCUCCUACAACCUGAGAGAGGACACCAGGGCUUGUAAUGCCUGCUGAUUUUGGCUUCUAGCCAUGUUUCUGUUGUUUUGAGCCACCAAGUUUGUGAUAUUUUGUUGCAGCGGUCCUACAUCUGUACUUUAAAAAGGGAUUCAACACAGAAUGCCAAUACUGAGGUCCUGCUAAGGAUUACUGGGGCUCUUCUCAGGAAAGCAGGGUGGGGGGGACCUCUUGUGUCCCCUUCCCACUCUCCUUCCCCAGUCUCCACAAAUGGCCAGCUGCAUCUAUUGUUCCUUAGCUGUUUACUUUCUGAGAUACUCGAGAGGACACACUCAGUACAUGACAUGACAUGACUAUGUCUGUACAUAUGUGACUGAGGCUUACUACACAAACAGCAGCAGCAGGCACAACAUUCAGAAAAUCUUAUACCGGGGCUGGGGAUUUAGCUCAGCGGCAUAAGCGCCUGCCUUGCAAGCAGGCAGUCAUGAGUUUGAUCCCCGGUACCUAUAAAAAGGAAAAAGACAAAAAAAAAAAAAAAUCUUAUGCAAUUGAAUUAACUAACCCCAUCGAUGUUUUAUGUGAACUUUGAUGCACAAAUUUACUAAUGAGCAUUUUUUUUGUUGUUAAAACUCUCAGGGUUCAUGAGACCUCAAGGUCUAGUCAAGACAUCAAAAUUAUAUUUUCACAUUUCAACAUAUUCCAGUGUAUUGCAGCUUGUUAUAUAAUAUACAUGGAUUGUAAAAUGUAUUUCUCACCAGCACAUCCUGUAUUCUUUCUCCUUCAAAGGAUUUAAAUCACACAAAUAACCAU